AUGAUUUUCGUAAAUAGUGGGUUUCAAAAUGGCUUCCGCGCUUCGCCCUGCUGUUCGUCAAGUAAGGCCGAUUUUAUCAAUUAAUGAGUCUGAAGCUCGAAGAAGAGUGUUCCAAUUAUACAAAUCUUGGUACCGUCAAGUGCCCUAUAUUCUGGCAGAUUUCGACAUUCCCAAGAAUGAGAAGCAAUGUAGAGAAAAAAUUCGAGAAGAAUUCAUGAAACAUGCGCAUGUAAAGGAUGUCAGAAUUAUUGAUAUGCUUGUUAUUAAGGGACAAAUGGAGUUGAAAGAAACCGUCAAUAAGUGGAAGAAUACCCCCGCUUUAAUGUUUUACUUUAAAGACACAGUGGAGCCUAAGCCAACAGAUUUUCUUUCGAAAUUCUUAGCAUCAAGUCAGGAUUAAUUUACAUUGCCAGUAAGACUAGUCCAAGCCUAGCAAAAACUUGUAUAUUUUAUAGAUAUGUACACUAACUAAGUAAAUUAUGUUUGAACACAUCCAAUCGAUGUGGCCAUUCAAAAUUAUUUGUAAUUCGUAUUAAUAAACCGUUUGUUUCAUCA